CCCCACCGCUUAACUCAUUCGCAUGCUAAACUGCAAAAUGGGGUGGCAUCGAAUUUUCGGCCUCCUCUGUUUCCUCUCUUUCUUGCAUUCCUUGCUUCCCUUAGCCUUGCCCCUUUGCCCUCCUGACCAGCGCGAUGCCUUGCUCCUUUUUAAGAAUUCCUUCGUGCUUGAUAGCAAGGCGUCCCAUUAUAGUUGUGACGAGCAUGCUGGGGUUACUUCUUAUCCAAAGACAAACUCAUGGAACAAGGGCGUGGACUGCUGCUCGUGGGACGGUGUGACUUGCGAUGAUGUCACUGAUUACGUCAUCGGUUUCGAUCUUACUUGCAGUUGGCUUCGUGGUGCUCUCCAUUCCAAUAGCUCCGUCCUUCUCCUUCGCCAUCUUCAGAGCCUCAACCUUUCCGGAAAUGACUUUGCUGGCUCACACAUUUCGCCUAAUUUGACUGCAUUUACAAAAAUGACUCAUCUGAAUCUCUCUCGUUCACACUUUUUUGGCACCGUUCCUAAUGAAAUCUCUCGUCUCUCCAAGCUGGAGUCACUUGAUCUCUCCAAGAAUUAUGAUGAAUCAUACUCGUUCUCUUCUCUCAGGUUGGAAAAUUUGAUCUUCAUAAUGCUUGUUCAAAAUACAACAGAUUUGAGAAAGCUUGUUCUUGAUAAUUUAGAUAUGUCCAUGGUUUCACCAAUAUCCUUUGCCAAUUUGUCUUCUUCUUUGACACAUUUAAGCAUUUCUGGUUGUUCCUUAGGGGGCAUAUUUCCUGAUAAGGUUUUUCGAUUACCGAGCCUUACAACUCUCCGUGUAAUUUCCAAUCACAACAUGUCCGGGAUUCUUCCCAAAUCCAAUUGGAACGGUCCUCUUGUGUCCUUGUCUCUCAGCGAUACGAGCUUUUCAGGAAAAAUACCGGAUUCAAUUGGUAACAUGAAAAGUUUGACAAUUUUAGGUCUUAGCGAUUGCAAAUUCACAGGACACAUCCCCCCAUCACUGUGGAAUCUCAAUCAACUUCAAGUUCUAUAUCUUGCCGGAAAUAAGUUGAGCGGGGUUGUAGAGUUUGAAAUCUUGACAAAGCUUAAAAAUCUACGAAUGCUUAAUGUUUCUCAAGAACUAAAUCUAACUUAUAAUAGACUAGACUAUACAUUCCUAAUGCUUGAAGGGUUGGGUUUGCCUUAUUGCAACUUGACCAAGUUCCCCUAUUUCUUAAAUUCAUUGAAAAGAUUAACCGUCUUAGACCUCCACUCCAAUAGGAUUAGAGGGGAGAUCCCCUCUUCGAUUUGCCAAUUGAGUUCACUCCGGUAUAUGUAUUUUUCUUAUAAUAAUAUCUCUGGAAAUAUACCAUCAUGUUUUGGUAAUCUAACCAAUCUCUUGCAUCUAGACUUGACAAGCAAUAGAUUACAAGGGCCCUUACCGCGCUCCCUAGCCAAAUGCACAAACUUAGCAAAACUACGUCUCAGUUACAAUGAGUUCAAUGAUAUCUUCCCAUCUUGGUUAAAGGCACCGCGAUUGUAUGGCCUUGAUUUGCAGUCCAACAAAUUUCAUGGUAGGAUCUACCCCACAGAGGUUUUCUUAAAUACUUCAUUGGUUGUAAUAGAUUUGUCCAACAACAAAUUUGACGGGCCAAUUCCACUUCCGUCUCCUGUCACAUUAUUUUAUCUUAUUGUGGGUAAUAAUAUUACUGGAAAGGUCCCCUCUUCAAUAUGCCAUGCCACCAAGCUCGAGAUCCUUGACUUGUCUUACAACGGCCUAACAGGUAGCUUGCCUCGGUGCUUAACAAAUUUCAGCACCAAUCUGUCAAUUUUGAACUUGCGAAUGAAUCAAUUUGAGGGCACAAUUCCUCAAUCAUUUUCUCAGAGAAAUAGCUUGUCAACUCUUGACUUGAGUCGAAAUCAAUUUGAAGGCACAUUGCCACGGUCCCUUGUCAGAUGUAAAUAUCUAGAAAUUCUUGAUCUCAGUGACAAUCGGAUAGAGGACAUGUUCCCGAGAUGGCUAGGAACACUCCCAAAGUUAAAGGUUCUCAUGUUGAGGUCCAACAAUUUUAAGGAUCUUUUGAAUAUUCCCAGGGGAGCGCACCUCUUUUCCAAGUUACACAUUUUGGAUCUCUCCCACAACAACUUUGGCGGUCCUUUGCCAGCCAACUUGAUAAUGAACCUUAAAGCUAUCAUGAAUGGUGAAAAUAGGCAAGGCAAAUCAUUGUAUAUGACACGGUAUCUCCAAUCGUCGGUAUGGUAUGAAAAUGGUGUGUCCGUGACCAUAAAAGGGCAAAAGAUUGACCUAGAGAAGAUCUUGACCGUCUUUGCAAUCAUUGACUUGUCGCACAAUUCUUUUCAAGGAGACAUUCCUGGAGAAUUUGGACAUCUUCACUCUCUCAUAGGGCUCAACCUUUCUCAUAAUCAUCUUACAGGUUCCAUCCCACUGACACUAGGCAAAUUGACCAAUCUUGAAUGGUUGGAUCUAUCUUCAAACAAGAUUAGCGGGGGAAUUCCUAGAAAUUUGGGAGAUUUGGCAUCCCUUGGAUACUUGGACCUCUCGAAGAAUCAACUCAUUGGUCGAAUUCCUCAAGACAAGCAUUUGAGCACAUUUUCAAGCAACUCAUUUGGUGCGAAUCCAGGCUUGUGUGGAACUCCAUUGCCGAAAGCAUGCCCUGGCGAUGCUCAACCUCCUCGACCAUCAUCCUCGUCAACUUCCGACCGCAAAGAACAUGAGAGUUGGUUCAAACAGAAAACGGUGUGGAUAGGUUAUGCAUCUGGAGUAGUGAUUGGGAUUUCCAUAGCAUACAUUGCAUUUGAAAUGGGAAGGCCCAUAUGGCUCGCACGAGGUGUGAGAAUGCUAGAUAGAAGACUAGCCGAGUGGAUGGAAAAGCCAAAGAGGAAGGCCAUCAAAUUUCAUGGACAAUGAAAUUGUUAGAGGAGUUGUCUUUUAAAUUGUGCAAUGUGGAUUCAUUGAAUAAAGAUGUCAUUGGACUAGCUUGAAAUGAUAUUUCCCUUUUGAAAGCUUA